UUGGUUCAGAUUUUCAACCACAUAUUGUUGAUAAAGGUAAUAAUCAUAAACAACUUGAAAUGUCAAUGGAUAUGAAAAAUUAUCGACCUGAAGAAAUAAAAGUAUCUGUUAAAAAUAAUGAAUUAAUUGUUCAAGGUGAACAUAAACAUAAAGAUAAGAAUCGUUCAGAACGAUCAUUCUUUUUUAAAUCAACAACAUUACCGCCUGGUACACAAAUAGAUCAUUUACAAUCACAUUUAGCUAAUGAUGGUCAAUUGAAAAUUGAAGCACCUUAUGUUGAGCAAAAAGAAGCUACAAAAUCAAUUGAAAACCAGAAAAAAUAA